UAACAUUUUGUCAUCUUUAGCACAUGGCUUGUUGUUAUUUUGACAUUUGGAAACAUUUCUUAUAUUUUGAGGAAGAUUAAUUUUCUUUUUAGAAAUUUUACGUAAAUAUUUAUGUUUUAUUAGUAUUUUUUAAUAAUAAGUAAAAAAAUAUAUACUAAACUAUGGCACCAUCAAUACCGGACAGGUGGAAGGAUUACAAACCCAUUGGUGAGAAGAUAGAAGGUACAAGAUUUAUAGCAUUUAAGGUGCCACUAAAGGAGCAUAUUUCAAAAAAUGUCAAUAGUGACAUUCGCCUAGAUGGCAAUAUACUCUUAAAAAUGGUUCCGAACUUGGGUCUUAUUAUAGAUUUAACAAAUACUAAUCGUUAUUAUGAUCCUAAGUUUUUUGAAAAGGAAGGCGUUGAACAUAAAAAGUUAAUGACACCUGGUCAUGAGACUCCACCUAAAUACAUAGUGAAGAGAUUUAAUAAGAUGGUUAAAGAUUUUUUGGAAAAUAAUACCAAUAAUGAUAAAUUAAUUGGUAUUCACUGCACUCAUGGGGUAAAUCGUACCGGUUAUUUAAUAUGUAACUAUAUGAUCACACAAAUGACUAUGGAACCAAAUGAGGCUUUAGAUAGAUUCUCAAAUGCUCGAGGUCAUAAGAUUGAAAGAGACAACUACAUUGACGCUUUGCACAAGCUAUUACAAAAUCCCGAUGAAAAGGUACAAAAUGAACAUAAUAAUAAAAGUCACCGAGUGCAACACCGUAAAUAUAGCAGAUCACCUAAAAACUAUCGUAACAGAUAUGAGAAUAACCGAAGACAGUCAAGAUCUAGAUCCCACUCACCAUCAACCUUUUAUGCUGAUCAUAAUCAGAGAAAUAAUCAUUAUUCCUAUCGAAACCGUAUAGCAGCUGAACCUAAUAGAAGACAAUCAAGAUCUCGAUCACGUUCUCCACUACCUUUUUAUGCAAAUAAUGAUCUAAGGAAUAAUUAUUAUAAUUAUCCCAGAUCAGCAAAUGAAAUACCUUACUGUCCUAUGCCACAACCUCAACUAGCACCUUACUGUCCCAUACCACCACCUCAACUAGUACAAAGUGUUGAUGGGCAGCUACUGAUUACUAAUCCGGUUAACUAUCAACCACCUUAUCAACCGCCACGUUUAAGAUUGGAUUAUUAUAAUACACGGCCCUCUAAUGGCCGAGAACAUAAUAGAAAUUUGCAACGUAAUACUUCUAAACGCAAUACUCAUAAUGUCUUUUUUUAACGUUAUAUAAAAGAAAAAGUUUUUAUAUUUUUUGGGAAAGUUGCAUGUUCAAGAAUUGAAUUUGAUUUUUAUUAUAAAAAAAAUUGUGUUCUUUUUAUUUUAUAACUGAAGCCAAUUUUACUUAAUAAAAGUGAAAAUUUUACAAUG